ACUCCUACCACAGUUCUGACCAAUCAGGAUCAGAUCAUUGGUAUAAAUUCUGGUCGUGCCAGUAUUUCUCCAGUUGCUUGCUUUGGAAGCACCGGUGUUGGAGAUGGCUCGCACAAAGCAGACUGCUCGCAAGUCCACCGGCGGGAAGGCGCCGCGCAAGCAGCUGGCCACCAAGGCGGCCCGCAAGAGCGCACCGGCCACCGGCGGCGUGAAGAAGCCCCACCGCUACCGGCCUGGCACCGUAGCCCUGCGCGAGAUCCGCCGCUACCAGAAGUCGACCGAACUGCUGAUCCGCAAACUGCCUUUCCAGCGCCUGGUGCGUGAGAUCGCGCAGGACUUCAAGACGGAUCUGCGUUUCCAAAGCUCGGCAGUGAUGGCGCUGCAGGAGGCCUGCGAGGCCUACCUGGUGGGCCUGUUCGAGGACACCAAUCUGUGCGCCAUCCACGCCAAGCGAGUGACUAUCAUGCCCAAGGACAUCCAACUCGCGCGCCGCAUCCGUGGCGAGCGAGCGUAAGCUGUCCUGGGGCGGGGCUUGCUUGCUUUCUCUUUCCCAAAGGCUCUUUUCAGAGCCAUUCAUGUGCUCAUUGAGAGUGGCUGUUACGCAGUUAGGUCUUUAAUAUACAAUUCUAAAAUCUAGCUUGGGGAAUACAAGAGCUGGACUUUUGUUUACCUGCUCGAAAUAGACGUAGUAGUACAUAAGUGCUCAGUAAAUUCUAGCUGGAAAAGUGUAUUGCUAAUUUGCUGGAUUUUUUUUUUUUUGAGACAGUCUCACAGGCAUG